AUGUUACACAACGUGCCACAACCGAUGACUGAGCAGAUUCUCACAGAACAGUUAGGAUCGGCAGUGGAGAUUAGGAAGGGUCAUAGCUACGUCAGCUGCGUCAAUACUGCAUCACAUGUGGACACGAUCAUCGAAGACCGAACGACAGGGGAAUUGUAUACGAUUCGAUCAAAACACGUGCUCGCUUGCGACGGCGCAAGAAGCAAGGUUCGACAGUCGCUUGACAUUGAAGUUGUCGGUGAAACCACGACAGAAAUGCUCAUGACCAUAGAGAUAAGUUGUGAUCUCCGAGGCCUCGUGAAGGACCGGCGCAGAAUUCUUUACAAUAUCUUUGACCCGGUAGCGCAUGGAGUUCUGAUCGCUUAUGACUUGGCUCAAAAGCAAGUUCUCAUCCACAAUUUCGACCCCAAGGCACAACCUCUGGACGGUUGGAACGAAAAAGUUUGCAGGCAUCUCGUGGAGAUCGCAUUCGGUGCCAAAGUCCCCUUCGCCAUCGACAGUUUCCGGCCAUGGGAGUUGCAACGCAAGAUUGCUUUGACCUAUCGGCACGGAAACUGUUUCUUGGUAGGAGAUGCAGCCCACUCUUUCCCACCCAGUGCAGGGAUCGGGCUGAACACCGGUUUUGGAGACAUCCACAACCUUGCUUACAAGAUCGCUGCAGUGCAUCAUAACUGGGCCACAGGCGCUAUACUGGACAGUUAUACAGCGGAGCGCAGGCCGGUGGCAAAUGCCAAUUCAGAGCAGAGCGUUGCUAAUGGUCUGAGACUGCACGGCUUGAUACGAAAGCUGAGCUUGAACAAAGGGGACCCGACCGAGGCCAGACAGCGCGUGAAGAGCCUUUUGCGCAACCAAGACAAAGAUCACGAUGAUCAUGGCGCCUCGAGUCAUUUGGAUGCCUUGUCAUCGAACUUCAACAAUCUCGAACUACACCUCGGUUACGUCUAUGGUCACCCAGGUCUUUGCAAAAUCGCAUCCAGUUUCCAGGCCAAAUUCCUUCCGGGUGCUCGAUUGCCACACGUAUGGAUCCGGCCAUUGAAUGACGAAGUCGUGAGCGGCAUUCUUCCGGUCAAUCUUGACCACGUUCACGAGUUAUCAGUCAGCGAGAAAGCCUUACGGCGGUAUUCCACACUGGACCUCUGCCGGCUCGAGAAUUUCACGGUCAUCACCAAUUCAUCGACAACGGUACAUUUGAGGACACCCGAGUGGCCGGAGCCUCAACGAGCGAAAAACAACCUUCCGCCUGUGCGUGUCGUAUAUCUGAAUAGGGAUUUCGACCUUGUGUUUCCGGCGAAGGAUAAACCGUGGUUGGAGAAGUUUUACCUAGGCAAUGGUCAGCGAGGAGCCGUCCUUGUCCGACCAGACCAACACAUCUUGAGAGUUUGGGAGGAGCUUCCGUCCGCAAUAGAGCUUGAACGGACUCUACUGUCUGGGUGGGGAUUUUAG